UGACCCUCAUCAUUCUCAAACACCACACAUGGGGUGCCACCACACAGGAUCAUGAUGUACCUCUUCCCUCUAAAAACCCUCUACCAGCUUGUCCAUUUUUGCCUAUGUAAUACAAAUAUUUCAUGUUUCAUGCAUUGAGAGAUCAAAGAGAACUUUUUUUUUUUUUUUCUCUUUCUGAAACUUGGUGGAUUAGAUGAUGGAGAAAAGCAAGUCUUUUCCUGAAUACUCCUGUUCUUACACUGAAUUUGGUUUCAGAGAUCGGUCCAACUCAUAUAAUUUCAAUGGGCCGACCCAGAAGGGAAGUGGGUUUAGUACAUCAAAUGAUCCAGAGCUCAAGAGGAAGAAGAGAAUCAAGGCCUAUAAUGUGUUGACAGUGGAAGGAAAGCUUAAAAGUGGUGUCAGAAACAGCUUCAAGUGGAUCAAGAACAAGUUCAGUGACAUUCGCUAUGGUGUGUGAACUAUGACCAAGUGCUACCAUGUCUUCAGUAAUAUCAGACUUUGAAGGUAAGGCCUUUGUGAAGGAAAUAUUGCAGUGGUGUAUUUGUGAGGUAAGAUGUUAUGCAUAAAAAAUGAGAGAGAGCAGUGGCUAGGUUGGAACAUAUAAUUGUUCUGAAAUCAAGGGUUUCUUGGCUGGUCUUUUGGUACGAGGGAGAACUAACUAGAAUGCUUUGUAUCAACGAGCAAGGAUUCAAAAUAUUUCUGAAAACUGUGAUUAGUAAUAAACUGUUUUGGAUGUGUGAUCUCUGUUCUGAA